AUGGGUCAACAACUAGCAUCAAUGAUCAAGAGCAUCGAUGGGGGUGACGAUGCGGCUAAUCAGGUCAAGGAGUCCAUGGAUGCGCUCUUCGAGCUUGGCAAAAGCCGCAACGAGGCCGCAUGGGCCCAGGCGACCUCCAGUGCCAUCAAGGUAUAUGCUCCUAUCAACCAGGUUCUUCUUCGACGCCAAUCUAUCGUCGCCAGCGCCACUACCGGACAGGAUGGAAUCGUCACAGGUAUCAAAACCUCCGUGGGUAAACUCAUUUCUGGUCAGAUCUUGGAUGGAGUGACAGACAUCAUCGGCAGCGCACUCAACGUCGUUUUGGGGGCUUCGUCAGGCCAGGUCUCGCAGAACUACACAUAUGCUCUAGUUGCCACAGAGUUGGGAGCUCUUCUCCGUAUCGACAUUGACAUCUACUCGUUCGAACUUCGGUCCCAGGGUCUCCAAAAUAAAGCCAAAAACAUGACGGCCAUCACUUCCAUCGUUUCUUCCAUUGAUAACAGCAAGAUGACCGUCAACGACCUUCGCUCCAUUGUGUCCAUGUCGUUUGGCAGUUCCCCUCUCGAACGACAAAAGGCCAUUUACGACGUCAUUUUGGCAGCAUGGGCCGAGAGCAGCUCUAACGGCGGGAGACCUGGCGCCAGCACCAUGGCCCUCAGCGGCCAUGAUGCUAUUAUUGAUGGUGGGCUCUCGCCAGAAGGAAGACAGCGCGUCCAGGCUCUCUUCAAGCCAAGUGUGUAUGAGGAACGAAUGACGAAUCGUGGUCUCCUUGUCAACGGCCUACCGAGGGUUCCCCCUGGGUCGGAGGCUGGCCUCCCUAAGCCAAAGCGGACAGGCCGCAAGGAGCUCCUUGAAAUCAUCACCAAGAAGGGCGUCGGCAGCGAUGAUUCCAGUUCUGUGACACAGAGAAUCGGAACAAUGGGGUUGGAGUCCGACGACAACGCCUCGAAUGACAAAAUCGAGUGGAUAGACAUUCUCAUCUGGGUCAAGGUCCUGACUCAACCAGACCAAGACUGGCUUGAUCGCUUUGGCGCUGCUCUCUCAGGCUUCGGCCAAGCCCAUGCGUUCAAGUACGUCGGCAUCGAGGGCGGACGGUCCGGAUCUGCCGUGACGUUCAAAUGCGCAGCAAACGGAGACGCCGAAAUCUUUGACACUGUCAUCAAGUACUGCAAUGACACGGUCGUGCCGUCUCUUACCCAGUCCAGAUAUCUUGCCGACGACUUCAUUGCCGACACCGCACUCCAGUAUGCCCACCCGUCGCGUGAUGGCACUGGACUUGUGACGCGCGUCGCCUUCAAAUUCAACUUGGUCAAGAACGAGACAAGCGAUACCAUAGUGUUCCACACAUCUGCGGUAGGAAAGAUGCUCCUGACGCUCCCGCCCAGCGAAUCUGCGGUUCUCAACGGCUCGGUUCACCACCUCACUGUUGCGCCCAAGGCGGACGAUCAAAACCCGCAGCAGGCCAUGCAGUGGACAACCUACCAGACCUUCAAGCCAGACGACAUUAUAAAGGCUGCGGGCGCGACGCUCACAGCUCUUCCCAACGGGGGCUACCGUAUUUCUCUAUACACGGUGGAUGAGAGAGUCGUGGACGUCAACUUCAAUCGAUCCUGGUCUUCUGACCGGAUCAAAUGA